CACACUGGCGAGUCAGCUCAACAGGCUGAGGAACAUCCAGGGCACAGUGCGGGAGACAGAGAACCUGGCGGAGCAAGCCCGGGUGCGGGUGGAGGACACCGAGGACCUGAUCAGCUUAGCUUCCGAUAUGCUUGAGAAGGCAAAGAUGGCAGCUGACAACGUGUCCAUUGCACCUCCGGAGUCAAGCGGGGACCCUAACAACAUGACUCUAUUGGCAGAAGAGGCCCGUAAGCUGGCUGAAAGGCACAAAAAAGAAGCUGAUGAGAUUGUUCGCAUAGCCAAGGCAGCAAAUGAUACUUCCACAGAAGCGUAUCACCUGCUGCUGAAGACCCUGGCUGGAGAGAACCAAACUGCAAAUGACAUCGAUGAGCUCAACCAGAAGUAUAAUCAAGCAAGGAACAUCUCUCGAGACCUAGAGAAACAGGCCAACAAGGUGCUUGCGGAGGCAGAGGAAGCUGGAAACAAAGCCCUGCAGAUCUACGCUAAUCUCACCAGUCUGCCUACUGUGGAUUCCACAGGGCUAGAGAAUGAAGCAAAUAAGAUCAAGAAGGAAGCGGAGGAGUUAGAUCAGCUAAUUGCCAGGAAGCUGAAAGAUUAUGAGGACUUGAGAGAAGACAUGAAAGGAAAAGAGCUAGAAGUAAAGAACCUCUUGGAGAAAGGGAAGACGGAGCAGCAGACUGCAGACCAGCUCUUGGCUCGAGCAGAUGCAGCGAAAGCCCUGGCUGAAGAAGCUGCUCGGAAGGGCAAUGGCACACUACAAGAGGCUAAUACCAUUCUCAGCAACCUGAAAGAUUUUGAUAAGCGGGUGAAUGAUAACAAGACAGCAGCAGAGGAGGCGCUGAAGAAGAUUCCUGCCAUUACCCAGACCAUUGCUGAAGCCAACAACAAGACGCGCCAGGCAGAGCUGGCGCUUGGCAAUGCUGCUGCUGAUGCCCGCGAAGCCAAGACUAAAGCAGAUGAUGCUGAGAAAAUCGCCGGUUCUGUUCAGAAGAGUGCUGCUGCUACCAAAGCCGAAGCUGACAAGACUUUCGCCGAUGUAACGGGGCUGGCCAAAGAAGUGGAUGACAUGAUGAAGCAGCUACAGGAUGCAGAAAAAGAGCUGAAGCGGAAGCAGGAUGAUGCUGAGCAGGAUAUGAUGAUGGCAGGCAUGGCCUCGCAGGCUGCCCAGGAGGCAGAAGACAACGCAAGAAAAGCGAAGAACUCUGUGAACAGCUUGCUUGCCGUCAUUAAUGAUCUGCUCGAUCAAUUAGGGCAACUGGAGACGGUGGACUUGAACAAACUGAAUGAGAUUGAGAGUACCCUGAACAGUGCCAAAGACCAGAUGAAAGACAGCAAUCUGGACCAGAAAGUCUCUUUCCUUGAAAGAGAAGCCAGGAAGCAAGAUGAUGCGAUACAGGCCUACAAUAGGGACAUUGAAGAGAUCCUGAAGGACAUUAGCAACCUGGAAGACAUCAAGAAGACCUUGCCAUCUGGCUGUUUUAACACCCCGUCCAUUGAGAAACCCUAAGGGUGCACUGGGGUGGGGGGUAUUCCUCCGGUGAGCGGUGGAGCAGAGGUUUGGCUAUGGAGUGCCUUAACACACAUUACCUUCUUCAAAUCCCCAACUCUUUGCUGCUCACAGCCACUGUUUUCUUUUCAAAUCAGGAUAAGUUGAAAGUUCUUUGGGUUUUUUUGUUUUGUUUUGUUUUUUUGAGAGAAGCAAAUUAAAUAUCCGUCUUUGGGCAUCAAGGGGGUUUUUUAUAUAAACUGUCUUCCUGAGCACUCUGCCUUUGCCCCUCUCUCAGACACAGUUUCCCUUUGAUUAGCACAAGGAUGAGAGAUGCUCUGGACUCUUUAUACUGUGGUUCAGAAAUAACCAUGUGAGCUGUAUACAGCAAGGCAAAACUAACCCUAUUUUCUCUCCUCUCUUCUCCCCUCGACUGUAAAAUCCUCAGUCCUGGAGCUCUCUGUCCCUAUGAAGGAAGGGGAUGGCUACCAAAGUAUUACUGUAACGGCCAGUAUAGCUGCACUCAUUCAGAUCCCUCUUCCCAGCUUCUAACCCUGUGAAUUUUUUUUUUUUAAUCGUUAACUAGUGGCCAAUCGACAGCAUUGGUAGCCUU